AUGUAUGCUGGCCUGACCCCACCUCAGGUGGGCUCGGGGCUGACCUUGGACGCCUGUCCCCAACAGAACAAGAAAAAGAAGAAGACAGACUUCAUUCCCUACAGAGACUCGGUGCUGACCUGGCUCCUCCGGGAAAACCUAGGCGGGAACUCCAGGACCGCGAUGGUAGCGGCGCUGAGCCCCGCGGACAUCAACUAUGACGAGACGCUGAGCACCCUGAGGUAUGCUGACCGGGCCAAGCAGAUCCGCUGCAACGCCGUCAUCAACGAGGACCCCAACAACAAGCUGAUCCGAGAGCUGAAGGAUGAGGUGACGCGGCUGCGGGACCUGCUCUAUGCCCAGGGUCUGGGCGACAUCACCGACACCAGCACUGUGCCCGGAGGACCCAGAUACGUGUCCGACCUUGAGAACAAUAACCGUAACCGUGGCGGGGUGGAGCUGAACCCAGCCCCUGACAAUCUUUCCACAGUGACCAACGCCCUGGUGGGCAUGAGCCCCUCGUCCUCACUCUCGGCCCUGUCCAGCCGUGCCGCCUCCGUGUCCAGCCUGCACGAGCGCAUCUUGUUUGCCCCGGGCAGUGAGGAGGCCAUCGAAAGGCUGAAGGAGACAGAAAAGAUCAUCGCUGAGCUCAACGAGACCUGGGAGGAGAAGCUGCGGCGGACGGAAGCCAUCCGGAUGGAGAG